AUGUUCUCCUUUAAGUCCCUGCUCGCCCUCGUUUCUGUCUCCGCCCUCUUCGCCGUCAGUGUCAAUGCGGAGGGAAACAGUACAACUUGUGAUUUCACCAUGGCGCCUACGCCUGACCUGGGUGUCGAUGCUCUCCAGAGCUCCGUCAACUUUGCCAUUGGCUCGACCAUCGGCGAAGAAUACCCUAGUACCGUAUUGACCGACGUCAACACCCUCACCAGCAACGCCGACGGCACCUAUACCGUUCACUCCGUCAUCUCUGUUACCGACCAGGACGGCGCGUCCGUCGGCCAGUUCGUCGAGACCUGGGUCGGACAAUCGUUGUAUGGGAUCCAGGCGUACUGGUUAGUCGACGCGGCGAAGUGCGCCUGA